AUGGAAGGAGUGGAAGAUGAUGUAUAUCUCAAAGCCAUUAACAAGUUCAGAAACCCUGACUAUAGGAGAAUUUUUAAGAAAAUGAAAGAAUCAAGGAGAAUUAUGUGGCUUAAGAGGACUGUACCAAAGGGAGUAUUUGGAAGAUAUUUGGUUGUUCAUUGGCAUAUCAAAAGUUCCAGGGAUACAAGUUCAUCAAGUGACUCAUCCUGUGACUCGGAAGAUUCGUUUAUGGAAUUGCUUAUGGUUAAGGAGUUGCAUAAGCGUUAUAUUAAGAUACCAAUGAUGACAUCAGUGCUUAAUGGGCGAGAGUUUAUUUUGGAGUUACUGAAUGGACAUCCAAGACGAAUGUACAACUUGAUGAGAAUGGAUCCUUCUACAUUUAUGCUGUUGUGUUCAACUUUAAGGACCAAUGACUUCUUACAAGAUGAUAGAUCAGUAAGUGUUGAAGAGGCGGUUGGAAUAUUUUUGGCUACUGUUAGUCAAUCAAUGCGCAAUAGAGUGGUUGCAGAGAUGUUUCAACAUUCGAAUGAGACCGUAUACAGACACUUUAAGAAGGUUUUAAAAGCAUUAUGUCUCCUUGGAUGCCUCAUAAUUAAACCUCCCAAUAUGGAUGAGAUACCUCCAGAGAUUAUGACAAAUCCUAAAUUCUAUCCAUGCAUAGUUAGCUUAGCCUUUACAGUUGAUAAUUCAAAACAGGAUUGUGUUGGUGCUAUUGAUGGAACUCAUAUUAGUGCUUGUGUACCUGCUUCUAAACAAAUUCCAUUUCGAGGAAGAAAAGCUCAAAUCACGCAGAACAUUAUGUGUGCUUGCUCGUUCGAUAUGUUGUUCACAUUUGUAUAUACGGGAUGGGAAGGAACUGCCAAUGAUGCAAGAGUACUCAUGGAUGCCAUAUCGAACGAAGAAAACAAAUUCCCAAUGCCCAGAGAAGGAAAGUAUUAUGUUGUUGACUCCGCUUACACAAACAUGCCUAGGUUUCUGACACCUUAUCGUGGAGAACGGUAUCACUUGCGUGAUUUUAGGGGAAGAAGUCGACAAGCAAAUGGUCCUAUGGAAUUAUUCAAUCAUAGGCACUCCUCUUUACGAAAUGUUAUUGAACGUUGUUUUGGAGUAUGGAAAAGUAGGUUUCCAAUAUUGAAAUGCAUGCCAAAUUAUCCACUUCGCAGACAAAGACUCAUUCCCGUUGCAUGUUGUACUUUACACAACUUCAUUCGCUUAAAUUCAAGGAAUGACGAACUGUUUCGUCAAUUCAUGGCAGAAGAUCUUCUAAUGGCAGAUGAAGAAAGUUCAAGUACUGGUCAAGAAAGCACAGCAAUUGACAUUGAUGUAAGCGCAGCGAAUAUUGAGCUGAUGAAUAAUGUUAGAGAUGACAUAGCAGGGACAAUGUGGAUUUAUCAUCAACGCCGACAUCACCACCAACGCCUUUAG